CUUAGCGUCCAGUCACUCGUCUGGUGAUGUGCCUGCUGCUAGUCUGUGCGUUGCUGCUGGUGCGGGAAGCCGCCGGGUGAUGCGGGAUUGCUGCGGGCUCUGCACCACCGCCUUCCAGGUAUCUUCCUGACGUGGAGCUGGCCUCUGUUAUCCCGGAUUUUGUAACCUUCUUCAGGAUGGGGAACGGCCUUUCGGAGCAGACUCCAAUCCUGUCGGGGAUGUCUCCAUUUCAGGCGCUGCACAUCGUCAUUUUAGGCCUGGACUGCGCCGGUAAGACGACCGUGUUGUACCGCCUGCAGUUUAACGAGUUUGUCAACACCGUCCCCACCAAAGGAUUUAACGCGGAGAAGAUUAAAGUCGCUCUGGGUAAUUCCAAAUCCGUUACCAUUCACUUCUGGGACGUUGGGGGCCAGGAGAAGCUGCGGCCGCUGUGGAAGUCGUACACCCGCUGCACGGACGGGAUUGUGUUUGUGGUGGACUCGGUUGACGCCGAACGCAUGGAGGAAGCCAAGACGGAACUGUACAAAAUUACCAAAAUCUCCGAGAACCAAGGAGUCCCGGUUCUCGUUGUGGCCAACAAGCAGGACCUGAGGAACUCCUUAUCUCUGGCUGAAAUCGAGAAGCUGCUGGCGCUGAACGAGCUCAGCUCCUCCACCCCGUGGCACCUCCAGCCCACGUGCGCCAUCAUCGGGGACGGCCUGCGGGAGGGCAUAGAGAAGCUCUACGAAAUGGUCCUAAAACGCAGGAAAAUGCUCCGACAGCAGAAGAAAAAGAGAUGACGCUUCCGUCGCCAAGGUCCGCGGCAAAACGGCGUAAUUCUGCCCCGUCAGUGUGUUGACGUUCCCCAGGGUUAGGUCAGGAAACCUAGACCCGGCUGGUGUUAAAGCUACAUUGUAUCUUAAUUUCUAGUCGUGCAGAUCCGGCAGUGCUCACAGCGCUUGUCUGGGAUCCGAACCGCGUGGUGUCGGCGGACGCGCGGCCUCAUCGUGAGCCACGAAUGGUUGCAGUUGGGAAUAAGGAGGGUGAAUGCUCCUGUGACGCAGUCGAGGGAGAUGAAUAAAGACACGUGACGUUCCUUGCACCCCUCCAUCCUUUAUUUUAUGUAAUAUCUGACAUUCCAGUUAUAAUGGCAUCGGGGUUGGGGGGGGGGGGGGGGAGGGGUUGGAUAUGUAACAUCCAGGCUGAUCUUUACUUUUAAGACUUAUCCAUGCAGUGCAUGAAGGAUUUCAAUCGUUUUCUCGUCUUUUGUGUUUUUAAAGGUUUUUUUUGUUUUUACAUCACAAUGCUACUACGGGACGCAUCUGAUGGAGGGCCCGAAUUCUGUGUACGGCCGUGCAUCAUAUCAGUUGUUAUAUUGAGUCACUUUGCAAAUCGUUUGCUUUACUUACUGGUUUAUAUGUCUUAUACUCCAAUCGCAUCCAAAGCUGCAUCCAAAAUUUUAGGAGAAGCUGCAGCAUCUUCAGUUUCUCUACAGCACACGCUCUGCUGUGGCAAGAUGCAUUCUUUAUGCCAGGCAGUGUGGACUACAUCUCCCAGAAUGCAGCGUGUGUGUGGCGCUAUAUGGGAACUUUGUGAAGCUAUCAGGCACAGUCUUGACAAGUUCCUAAUAAUAAGCCAAUUUUUUUUUUUGAAUGCAGCUCUUGCUGUGACUAGAGUAUAAGAUAUGGUAUAACUGAACAUUACAGAGACACUUAACAUAUGUAGGUUUAACCUGCCCAAGUAGCGACUCUUUAAAGGGGUGUUCCGGUUGUUUCAUGUUAUCCCCUGUCCACAGGUUAGAUUGGUGGGGGUCCUAGCGCAAGGACCGUGUACCCAUCUGAGAACCCUGGUCAAGCACUCGACUAUUUCUGGAACUCCCUCAGAUGAAUGGAGUGACCAUGUGCAUGCUCGACCAGCAGCUACGUUUAUUUUGGUAGGGGUAUGAGGUCCCUGCUUUUCUGUGAAUUGGGGCUAAUUUGGAAAAACCGGAUUACCCAUUGGAUGCGGUUUUAGAAGUUCUACAAAGUUUGGUACAUAAGCACAAAAAUGAUGGUAGCGGAAAUCUUACAAUUUUUUUUUAUUUUAUACAAAUAUUUAUUUUUAUUUUUUUGUGGAUGCAAACUAAAAUUUCUUCCUGAAAAGGUAGCGGUAAUGAUUAUGGCACAGUAAGCUCCACCCGCGGUCGUCUGGUAUGAUUUGCCGACCCAUUCACCUGCGCCGCUCCUUUAAUACGGAACGUUGUUCGUCCAAGCAGAAUGGUAAAAAUUUUGGCUGCCUGUUGUCACCACUAGAGGGCGCUCUACAGUGCUGUCUGUAUACAGAUCUCCCUCUAGUGCUGGAAAUGGGUAACGGAAAUGAGGGAUGAAGAGAAAGUUCUGGAGUAAAAAAAAACGGGGGCCUUAUCGAGUAGAUUAGGAAAAUAAUUUUUUUUUUUUUUUUUUUUUUUUUUUUUACAGCUUGGUAGAUACCCUUUAAUUUUCAAUGUUUUACUGGGGCGACCAAAGCUGUGGAAAACAAAUGGUGUCAAUAACGUUAAUGUGGCCCCUGAGACAAGCUGAUGCUAUAGUAAAUUCGCCUUAAAGGGGAUGUCUACCAUUAGAAAAACGUGGCCUCUUUGUUUUCAGAAACAGCGCCCCACCUGUCGAUGGGUUGUGUCCGAUAUUGCAGCUUGGUACCAUUGAAGCAAAUGGGACUUUCCACAAACGUCAUUUUUGGAAGAAAUGCGGUUUGUGUUUCCCCAUCCUGGACCGCCCCUUUAAGCCGUCCUAGAGUGGUGGGGGCAAUCUGUACAUCGAAAUAUAAUACAAAUAGUAUACAUUAGACUUUCUGCCUAUGAAAGGGCAUCGCCAAGAGACUUGGCUGAUACCAGAGAACAAUAGCCUAUGCUAUAUACAAUACGUUUGUCGAGGUCAAUAAAGUUAUUGCUGCUGUACGCAACAGUUCAUUUCCGUUUCCAAAACAUUAAAAAGACUAAAACUCAUGAACAUUUUUGCACAUUUUUUUUUUUUUUUCCCUUUAAUCAAAAAUAUUAUUCCUGUCUGUCUAGGCAUGAAUAAAGUUAUAUCUUUACAAUUUAAUCUUCCUAUCUUAAAUUUGUUUCCCAACACUGUAUAAAUAAAGUUUAUUGAAUAAGGUAUAGUAUCUUCUCACAGGUGCUAGGCCUAAUGUGUCACCUGUUCAGCCCUUGGCAACCAAUCAGUGUCCUAGUUUCAUUUUGAGUUUGGGUUGCUAUGGGAAAUGAGAACCUUUCUCUUAGGCCUCAUGCACACGACAGUAUUUUUUUGCGGUCCGCAAUAAGCUGUUCCGUGAUCCGUUUUUGUUUCCGUGUGUCUUCCUUGAUUUUUGGA